UCUCCAUUCAUGGAGAUUACAAUUACCAGUUAUUCUUAUACCUAUUUAUUACAAGUGUCAAAUUGUUAAGAAUUCUUUCAUUGACUACCACACACUGCAAACGAGAAUUAGAAGCUAGAUUGACUGUGGCGUACUCGUCUUCUUCAGGUUUGAAUGGGUCUCCGGUCGCCGAACUCGGCGGAUCCCAGCUCCAUCCGCAAACCGCGACGGUCCAUCGUCUCCCGUCUCGUUGUCUACUCCACUCUGCUACUCGGGGUCAGUAUCAUCUUAAAAGCCCGCCACCAUCUGCUUUCCCCCCUUCUCCCCCACUUCCACUCAACCGCCGUCUCCUCCCCUACCCAACCCGCAACCAUGGCCUACCAACAAGAACGCUACAUUGCCGAGCUCGCCGUCCAGCGCGCAACCCUCCUGACCCAGGAGGUCUUCAACGAGAAGGCCAAGGGCACCGUGUCCAAGGACGACAAGUCGCCCGUCACCAUUGGCGACUUCGGAGCUCAGGCGCUGAUCAUUCAGGCCAUCCGCAAGAACUUCCCCAACGAUGAGAUCGUCGCCGAGGAGGAGGCCAGCACCCUCCGGGAGGACAAGGCGCUGAGCGCCGAGAUCUGGCGUCUCGUCAAGGACAUCAAGCUGGAGGACAGCGAGAGCGACAGCCUCCUGGGCGGCGCCCUGCCCAGCGAGGAGGCGAUGCUGGACAUCAUCGACGAAGGCAAGAGCGCGGGCGGGGCCAAGGGCCGCGUCUGGGCCCUCGACCCCAUUGACGGCACCAAGGGCUUCCUGCGCGGCGGCCAGUACGCCGUCUGCCUCGGCCUGAUCGAGGAUGGCGACGUAAAGGUUGGCGCCAUCGGCUGCCCCAACCUGCCCGUCAACGACGCCGAGACCCUGUCCGCCGGCAUCGGGUCUGAGCAGUCCAGCGGCGCCGGCCACGGCGUCCUCUUCUCCGCCAUCCAGGGCGAGGGUGCCAUCAGCCGGCCCCUGACCAACGCCGGUCUCGCCGAGAGCAAGUCCAUCUCCAUGCGGCCCGUGCCGGAUAUCGCCCAGGCCGUCUUCUGCGAGGGUGUUGAGGCGGCCCACUCCGCCCAGGGUGACAACGCCGCCGUCGCCCAGCGUCUGGGCAUCACCGCCCCCAGUGUGCGUCUUGACUCCCAGGCCAAGUACUGCUCCAUUGCCAGAGGCGCCGGCGACAUCUACCUGCGCCUCCCCGUGAAGAAGGACUACCAGGAGAAGAUCUGGGACCACGCCGCCGGAGACUUGAUUGUCCGCGAGGCGGGCGGUCAGGUCACUGAUAUUUACGGUCAGAGACUGGACUUCAGCAAGGGCCGGACCUUGGCUGCCAACAAGGGUGUCGUCGCCGCCCCCAAGGCCAUCCACGACCAAGUGAUUGACGCGGUGAAGGUUGUUCUGAACUUGUAAAGAGGUUACGAUUCAUAAUUUCCCUGUUAUUGCAUAAUUUGUGAUGUUUUUUUUUUCUGGCUGCAUAAACUUGUCAAGCUAUAUCCACGCUAGAUGCGUCUAAAAGUACACACACACACACACAAACAAAAAGACCAAUC